ACAAGAAACAAUCUAUACUACAAUCUACACCACCAACGCCUAGGGCUCUCAUACGCUAAUCCAACAAUCCAACAUACAUCAAAUACUAUAAUGGAUAAGAUAUACACUCACUAAUAUAAAAUAUAAAUACUGCAUGUCUGGAAAAACUCAAACGCGACAUCCGCUCGAAACGACACCGCCGGUCUUGCAAAGACGAUCACCUCAGCCUCAGAGCACACCCACACCAACUUUAAAAGUCAUACUAUUGGGGGAUCUGGGAGUGGGAAAGACAUGUCUCCGAUCCCAGUUUGUCCACCACAUAUUCACCAAUGCAUACAAGGCCACCAUCGGUGGUGACUAUCUAACUACCACGGUCACUCUACCACAGGAGAAACCGCGACAUCUGACCAACUACACCGAUUCUACAUUAACGGGGUCGGAGACUCCACAAACACCACAGACUUCCGAGUUCACUUCACUCAAGAGCAUAAAGGCCAGUGUACCUGAUAAGGUGAACUUGCAAAUCUGGGAUACCGCAGGUCAGGAACGGUUCAAUUCAAUUUCACAGGCGUUUUAUCGUGGUGCUGAUGUAUGUGUGCUAGUAUACGAUAUCACGAAUUACGAGUCGGUGUUGAGCAUGCGCGAUUGGUUUGCGCGAUUUAAAGAGCAUUGUCAUGUGGACUUCCCUGGAGUUGUGGUGGUAGGAAACAAAAUGGAUAAGGUGAAUGAACGAUGUGUUGACUUGGAAGAGAUCAAAGAUUUAAUAACGUCAAACACAACCACGGCAAAUGUAGGCGAUUACAUUGACGACUGGGAUGCUUCAUUGAUGGAAGUGACUGCAAAAAGACUAGAUCUAGUAGAAAAAGUAUUUAUCCAGCUGGCGAAAACAGGCGUAGAGAGAUUGCUAGGUAAUCGUAAUCAAUCGAGACGAUUACAGGAUUUUGAUAAUAUAGAAUUGCGAGACACUUUGUCAGCACGACUGUCUCGAUGUGCAUGUUAAAUACUUUUGAUAGAAUAGACUUGAUUGUUUUAUAUACAGAUGUAAGAUGUUCU